AUGAAGUUUGGCAAGGCAUUUAAAAAACAAAAGGUCCCUGAGUGGACAGAAGCCUAUGUUGACUAUAACGGACUCAAACAUGUAUUGCAAGAGAUCCGUCGACUCAAACAAAGUAAGCAACCUCCAACUCCAUUAAGAUCUGCUCAAAAGAGAAACUCUAGUGGUCUAAAUCUACAAGCUAGAAACAGUUAUGGCAUGGGGGAUAUAGAAGACCAAGCUAUAGCUGUAAAUACUGUUAAACAGCAGAACUCUAGAAAGUUAUACAACACAGAGUUUCUUUUGUCCCCUGAAGAAGGAGGAGAGAAUGAGAAAACAUUCUUUAGAAAACUUGAUGAGGAGCUCAACAAGGUCAAUACCUUUUAUAAGGACAAGGUGGAAGAAGUGAUAAAUGAAGCAUCUUUGCUCAAUAAACAGAUGGAUGCAUUGAUUGCUUUCCGAACUAAGGUGAUGAAUCCACAUCGUGGUACAUCAAGCUCUCCAAAAGGCAUCCCUACAGAUGUCAAAAAUUCAGCAGUCUCAAAAACUAGUUCCCCUAGUAGAGCUGCAGGUAAGUGCAUAAACUACAUUACGGCUUUGUCCCCUAAAUCAGAAAUCACUGGGAGUUCUUUAAGGGAGGAUGCAAAUGUCAGAGAAAAUGAAACACAUUCUUUAGAUAUCCUUGAUAGAGUGAAGAUUACUAAUCCAUUAGAAAGUCCAAUAUCAACUAUUAGAGGCUUCUUGAUGGAUGAGAAAGAAAAGGGCUUGAGUUUCAACAAAGAUGAGCUAAAGAAAGUUGAGGAAAGACUAAAAAUUAUUUUUUCUGAGUACUAUAAGAAGCUUCAACUUCUCAAAAACUACAGUUUCAUGAACCUCUCGGCAUUUUCCAAGAUUUUAAAAAAGUAUGAAAAGAUUACAUCAAGGAAUGCAGCGAGACCAUACAUGAGAAUGGUAGAUAGUUCUUACCUUGGGAGUUGUGAUGAGGUUAGUGGGCUCUUGGAGAGGGUGGAGGCAACCUUUAUCAAGCACUUUGCAAAGUCUAACCGCAGAGAGGGCAUGAAGUUAUUGAGGCCAAAACAGAAAACAGAAAAGCACUGCAUAACAUUCUUUUCAGGCUUCUUUUCUGGUUUCACGAUCGCACUUCUAAUUGCAGUUAUAUUACUACUAGAAGCUAAAAGAUUAAUAGAGGAUGGAAACUUGUACAUAAACAGCAUUUUGCCACUUUACAGUUUCCAUGCCUAUCUUGUUCUACAUACGCUCUUGUAUGCUGCAAACAUAUAUUUCUGGAGGCGCUACAGGAUCAACUAUCCUUUUAUAUUUGGUUUCAAACAGGGAACUGAAUUAGGUUAUCAGGAAGUAUUUCUCCUCGGGAAUGGACUUGCAAUGCUUGCUCUUGCCACUUUCCUGGUACAUUUGCACAUACAGAUGGACUCAGGAGCUCAAGAUCACCAGAAAUAUGCCAAAUUCAUGCCUUUAGGCCUGAUCACUGUUAUAUUCAUCAUUAUGUUCUGUCCUUUCAACAUUAUCUAUCAUUCAAGUCGUGUAUUCCUAAUGAAAAGCAUAUUUCGCUGUAUCUGUGCUCCUCUUUAUAAGGUCACUCUUCCAGAUUUUUUUUUGGCAGACCAACUCACUAGCCAGAUACAGGCGAUGAGGAGCAUUGAGUACUAUAUUUGCUACUACGGUUAUGGGACUUCUAAGGGACAAAAUAAGUGUACUACUCGUGAUGUCUAUGCCGUUUUCUACUUCAUUAUUGCAGUCAUACCAUACUGGCUUCGCUUCCUUCAGUGUGUCCGACGACUGUUGGAAGAGAGAGAUUACUGUCACGGAUGUAAUGCUGUGAGAUAUUUCUCAACAAUUAUUGCAGUUGUCAUCCGAACGGCUUUUGAACUGAGGAAGGGUUUGACAUGGAAGAUAUUGGCCAUUGCGAGCUCAGCAAUUGCAACUAUCAUGAACACGUACUGGGAUAUUGUAGUGGAUUGGGGACUUCUUCACAAGAAAUCAAACAACUUUCUUUUGAGAGAUAAGCUUGUUCUUUCCCACAAGAGUGUGUACUUUUCAGCUAUGGUAUUGGAUGUUCUUCUAAGAUUUGCUUGGCUACAACUGGUAUUGCCCUUUGAUUUGCAUUCCCUCAGUGGAAAUGCAAUUUUAAUCACAUUUUCUAGCCUGGAAAUCCUUCGGCGUGGGAUGUGGAACUUUUUCAGGUUGGAGAAUGAGCAUUUAAACAAUGUUGGAAAGUACAGAGCAUUCAAGUCGGUCCCACUGCCUUUCAAUUACAAUGACGAGAAUGACGAGAAUGAUGAGAUUGAUGACAAGGAUGAUUAA